AUGAUGAACCCGUCAUCCGCCGACUCUCCGCGGCAGCCAGACAAUAGCAGCCGUAAACAGCCACGGUCAUCAUCUCCGGCCGGGCUCAAAGACAGCGGAUCCAAAGCUGCACAGAAAGGCAGCCAGUCGUCAAAGCUCAUCGCGUCUAAGCAGGCAGGAGGUGGAGGAGGAGGGAGAAGCAGCCGAGGUCAUUCACCCGUCUCCACCGGUAGGGAGCGGCCGGCCGGAGGCGCUUCUGCCACCAGAGGCUCGGCUGCUGUCCAGGCUGCUGGUGCUGAAAGCCCGACGACGAGCAGGCCCGCGGCGGCUGCAGAGAGAGGUGGCAUCCACCCACCGGAGGACUCACCACGCCCUGCCGCCGACGCCGCCUCGCCUUCCAGGGCGGAUGCUAACCGCGUUGUUUCCGACCAACCCUGCGCGUCCAAGUCCCCCAAACUGAGGAGCAAGACCCCGAAAGGAGGGGAGGCCACCGCCGCAGCAGCAGCGACGAGCGGCGGCAAGAAGAGCUCCAAAAGCACCGUGGGCUGUGGACCCGGUUUCUGGAAGGAGGGAUGCUUGCAGUCCGAGCUGAUACAGUUUCACCUGAAUAAGAGCUUGGGGAAGAAAGGGACAAAGAUGCAGGCGAAAUCAGCAUCACCGCCGGCCUCGGAGCCGGAGCUGUCCCCGGAGCCCUGCAUCCCACAGCCGGCUCCACAGCCGGACCAGAGGCUGCAGGAGGAGAUGGAGAAGCUGGAGGAUGAAAACGAUGAUCUUAAGAUUGAAAUCGAGGAGAUGCGGGCCGAGAUGGAUGAGAUGCGGGACACAUUCUAUGAGGAGGACGCGUGUCAGCUGCAGGACAUGCGCAGAGAGCUGGAGAGAGCCAACAAGAAUUGUCGGAUCCUUCAGUACCGACUCAAGAAGGCAGAGAGGAAGAGGCUCCGGUUCUCGGAUAGUGGCCAGGUGGAUGGAGAGCUGCUCAGAGGUCUGGAGCAAGACCUGAAGGUGGCUAAGGAUGUGUCUGUGCGGCUGCACCAUGAGCUGGAGAGUGUGGAGGAGAAGAGGACAAAGACAGAGGAGGAGAAUGAGAAGCUGAGGCAGAGGCUGAUAGAGGUGGAGAUCACCAAGCAGGUCCUGCAGAACGGGCUUGAGAAAGCCAAAGAGCUCUCACUGAAAAGAAAAGGAAGUAAAGAUGGACAGAGAGCAGAGAGGAAGACUCCACAGACCCCUAUCGAGGAAGAAAAUGAGGAUCUGAAAUGCCAGCUGGCCUUCAUCAAGGAGGAAGCCCUCUUGAUGAGGAAAAAGAUGGCGAAGAUCGACAAGGAGAAGGACCGACUGGAUCAGGAGCUGCAGAAGUAUCGCUCCUUCUACGGGGACGUGGACAGCCCUCUGCCUAAAGGGGAAGCUGGGGGACCUCCCAGCACCCGUGAAUCAGAGCUGAAGCUCCGCUUACGCCUGGUGGAGGAGGAGGCGAAUAUCCUCGGGAGGAAGAUCGUGGAGCUGGAGGUGGAGAACAGGGGGCUGAAGGCUGAGCUGGACGACAUGAGGGAGGACAGCAUGGCGGCAGCAGGCGUGGAUGGUUCGGGCAGCGGAGGUCAACAGUGCAGAGAACAGGGCGAGGCCCUGUCGGAGCUGAGGCAGCAGCUUCAGCUGGUGGAGGAUGAGGCAGAACUUCUUCGCAGGAACUUAGCAGAUGUGGAAGACGAGAACAAAAAGGUGACAGGUGAACUCAAUAAACUGAAAUUCAAGGCCGGAUCCCAUGAAGCUGGAUCGAGACAUGGAGGAGGAGGAGCUGACCCUGCUAAAAUGGAGGCCGUGCAGGAGGAGCUGAAAGCAGCCCGUCUGCAGAUCAAUGAACUGAGCGGCAAAGUCAUGCAGCUCCAGUACGAGAACCGCGUGCUGCUCUCUAACAUGCAGCGCUACGACCUGGCCUCCCACCUGGGCAUCCGGAGCAGCCCGCGGGACAGUGACGCAGACAGCGACGGGGGAAGGGAUGACGACACCCCUUCGGCCUCGGCCUCCUCGCCUCGCCUCCUCCCGCCCCACCGCAAGCGCGAGGGCCCCAUCGGAGGGGAGAGUGACUCGGAUGAGGUGAGGAACAUCCGCUGCCUCACCCCGACACGCUCCCUGUACUCACCUGUGGAGAGUCGUUUUUUAGGCAGAAGCCUGAAGGACCGGCAGCAGAUGAUAGACGUCCGCAUCGAGGCGGAGAGGCUGGGCCGGACCAUCGACAGGCUAAUCGCUGACACCAGCACUAUCAUCACUGAGGCCCGAGUAUAUGUCACAAAUGGAGAACUGUACGCCAGACUGGAUGAGGAUGAAGAGGGUGGCAGAAUCCGAGAGCAUGAGCUGCUUUAUCGCAUCAACGCUCAGUUAAAAGCCUUCAGGAAGGAGCUGCAGAGCUUCAUAGACCGGCUGGACGUCCCAAAGCAGGAGGACAAACAGGAAGAGGAGCCCCUGUCUAUGUUCCAGCCCAUUAUUUUGCUGAUCCUCAUUCUUGUUCUGUUUUCCUCACUCUCUUAUGCCACCAUUUUUAAAUUGGUAUUCCUUUUCACCCUCUUCUUUGUUCUAUAA